AUGCCAGCUUCACCUUCAAUACCCACCCCUCAAACCCGCACCCGCGUCCGCGACAACCAGCGCCGCUCCCGCGCCCGCAAAAAAGAGUAUAUCCACCAGCUCGAAGCGCAAGUCCGCGCCGCCGAGCAACGCCGCGUGCUGGCCACGGUCGAGGUGCAAACUGCGGCCCGCCGCGUGGUCGAAGAGAACAGGCGGCUGCGCGAGUUGUUGCGGUAUCAUGGGGGGGUGAGUCCGUCGGGGCGGUCAUGCGCGUGCACGAGUGGCCCCAAGCUGGAUGUGAAGAACGGAAAGAAUAAUAACGACAACAACAACUGUUCCAUGGCGGCAGAUCUAAUAUCAACAAUGACAGGCGCCAACCCCCACGACGUCCGUACAUCACUAGGUUGUACGCCCGGGACAGAAUGUCACGUCGAUGACGCCCGGAUAGGAGACGCGAUAGAGCACCUCACGAGUCCAGGGGAGUGA